AUGGCAAUAAGAAGAAAUGGAAAACCAUCAAAUUAUAAUAGAGAUAGAAUAAAGACUGAUCAGAAUAGUCUCAAAUGUCUUAAUUGGAAUAGCACUCUUGUGUCUCAGAACUUAAAUUGCAAACAAGAUCACGUAAGGCCGAGAAUUCUGAAGAAGCCCCACAAAGAUUUUGACAUUAACAGAAGGGUGGGGGCAAUACCAGGGGCGAACAGUGGCCACGCCCCUUUUUCGAUAAACCUAGCAGUGAUUGGAGUCCCAAAAUAUUUAGUGCAAGCCAUGCUGUUAUUAAGCCUAAUAUUCACUAUAUUUCUAAGUUUGGUGACAGAAUGUCAAAGUCAGACGUUAUCCCCACCAAUAACAUCCAAAUUCAAAUGCUUAACAAAUGGAUGUUGUGAUGAGCAUGAAUGGUGUAGAUUUUGGGCUUCCAUCGGAGAAUGUCAAGCAAAUGAAGAUUGGAUGAGUACCAACUGUCAGCUUGCAUGCGGUUCCUGUACUGCACCUCCAGCUACAGCAGCUCCAGUUUCUACGACUCGUUCACCGAGCGACGCAGCUAAAGAUGCUGCAGUUCCUAGAGUAGUUCCUGAUGAUUUGACUCCUGUCACCCGUUGUGAAGAUGUAGUAUCAAAAUCAAGCCGAGCCUCUGAGCUUAUGGCUUUAUCCGGUUUGAUCAACAGCGUGGAAGAUAACUUUGGAAGAACGAUGUUAUCCAUAGAUGAAGUAACAAAAAGUGUUGCAACAGGAUGUGUUCCGCAGUUGCAAGAUCGUGGUGUCGAUUGCUCUAAAAACCUUUGUUACCAUCUAGUUUAUCGAACUCUUGACGGAACUUGUAAUAACUUGAAGAAGCCAAUGCAAGGUGCUGCUUUCCGCAAAUAUAUAAGACACUUCCCUUCACAAUAUGAUGAUAAGGUUGGAGAACCAAUAGCUUCUAUCACAAACUCUCGGCCAACUGCUAGAGAAUCUAACCGAGUUAUGCUUUCUUCAGCUCAAUCUGUCGUUCAUGAUAAGUUCAACAAUUUGAUGAUGCAAUGGGGACAGUUCAUGUCUCAUGAUAUGGCUAAAACGACACUUCAACCAUCCGCUCAAUGUAAAACUUGCGAUCCUAUCAAAUCGAAAUGUAUGCCAAUCAUGAUUACUGCUAAAGACCCAAACUCUUCAUUCAAACAGAAGCAGUGUUUGAAAGUAUCUCGCUCAGCUCCAAUUUGUCAAGUCACUCCACGUGAACAACUCAAUGAAAAUACAGCUUAUAUCGAUGGUUCAAUGAUCUAUGGAUCAUCUCCAAAGGAUCUUCACAAAUUCCGUGAAGGACGCACAGGACUUUUGAAAAUGAGCAGAUUCAAUGACCAGCUUGUUCUACCUUUCGAUCAGUCCAAGUGUGCUAACAAAGACAAAUGUACAGCAUCAUUCACUGCUGGAGAUAUUCGGGCAAAUCUGUUCAUAGGAUUGAGUUCCUUCCACAUUCUUUUUGCUCGUGAACAUAACAGAAUCGCUCGUCGUUUGCAAGACCUCAACUCCGCUUGGAGUGGAGAUCGUAUUUUCCAAGAAGCCAGAAAAAUAGUUGGCGGACAGAUCCAACACAUUCUUUACACAGAGUAUUUACCAAAACUUCUUGGAGUUUCUAUGGAUAAGGUGAUGGGAAAGUAUGAAGGAUACAAGGAUAAUGUUGACGCAACAAUAUCAAACGAAUUCACCACAUCUGCUUUCCGAUUCGGACAUGGAAUGAUUGAAGAGUUUUACAAGCGUCUUGACUUCUCCGGCGGAAAUAUCACUCAUGGAGGAUUUUUCUUUGGCGAUGGAGUUUUCAAAUCCGGAAAGAUUCUUUUUGAGGGAGGAAUAGAUCCCAUUUUACGAGGAUUCAUGAGCUCUGCCGUCAAACGCCCACAUAGAAUGACGCCAGCUAUCACUGAAAAAAUGUUCGGAACCACUGAUUUAGGAUCUUUAAACAUUCAACGUGGUCGUGAUCACGGAAUUCCUUCUUACAAUACUAUGAGAACAUUCUGCGGAUUACCACGGGCUGGUGAUUUCGAAGGAUUUAAGGAUAUGAUUUUGGACAGAAAUCUUCGCAUCGGCCUCAGUAGAACAUAUAAUACUACAGAUGAUGUCGAUUUCUAUGUUGGCUCAAUGCUGGAAGACCCAGUAGUUGGGGGCUUAGUUGGUACAACUUUGAGCUGCGUUAUCGGAGAACAAUUCAAGAGGCUGCGUGAUGGUGAUAGAUUCUUCUAUGAACAUGAAGGUGUUUUCUCAAAGGAACAGCUGGCUGAAAUCAACAAAUCAAGCUUAUCCAAAAUAAUUUGUGAGAAUGCUGAUCAUAUUGAACUUCUACCAGAGGAUGCUUUCUUAUUACCUGGAAGCCAGUUAACACCAUGUAAAGCUCUUCCGACCAUCGAUUUAGCAAAAUGGAAAACGAAUUAA